AUGGCUGGUUAUGCGCGACUAUUGUUGUCAGAGUAUUCCAAUCCAGAACAUGCAUAUGGCAUUUGUGCUGAGGUCUUUAGGGUUGUUUAUGCUUCCAUCCAAAAGGCUGGUGACCAAGGAUUAAGCAUGGGAGAAAUUUCCAAGGUUAUAAACCUUCCAGGAGCUGAGGUACAUGGCUCGAUUGUUGAUGCUCUUCAAGCUUUUGGGCUAACAUUAAAGACCUCUCUUUUCAAGUCAGUCCCAUAUUAUACAAUUUUUCAUUCAAAUGACGACAUAGUGGUAACCUUCCCACCAUCGUCAAUAUUCCUUCAUCAAUACCUCUUGACUGCCAAAGUCUGGGAUGUUUCUCCUACACCACUUCAGGUAAUUCAACGUUUUUCACAACCUAUUGAUAUUCCAGUACAAAAUCCAUCUUUGACAGAUAAUGAUAUAAUGGAGGCAAUGCUUGAUCCUUCUCUGAAGUCAUCUCCCAUACCGAAUCUGGUCGUUGUCAAUGCUUAUGAUACUAUCCGUGUCGUUGAUGUCGUGUACCGUCACAAGUACUUUUUGAUAUCUGGGUCUGCUUUUCAUCAUCUUGUACAACCUUCCUCAACAAAAGCUAUUGAGGAAAGUGAUCAUACAUCUGAGAUUUACAAAUCAGAUAAAAGGGAUACUUCAUCUAUUCAUACUCCAAGCGAAAGGACUACUAUUGAUAAUGCGCAUAGAGUGACAAUACUCAAUCUUCCACGUGAGGAUGUGGAUCCUGAAAAUCAAGCCAGUGACAGGAAUGAAAGCUGCAAGCAAGACAGACUAGGCUUAUCCAGAGUCGAUCACGAGAAAGAAACUCUCAAAUUUUCUUCGUGUGAGUCAUGUGUGCCAAUAUUGCCAUGGAUCAAUGGAGAUGGAACCAUCAACAACGUUGUUUAUAGAGGACUUCGACGUCGUGUUCUUGGGAUAGUGAUGCAAAACCCAGGGAUGUUGGAGGUUAUAGCGAUUCGCCUUGGACCACUCGGCAACUCUCGAUCGGCCUGGGUUAUAGCGAUUGGCCGCGGACUGCUCGACGACUCCCGAUCAGCCUGGGUUAUAGCAAUUCGCCUCAGACCGCUCGACAACUCUCGAUUGGCCUGGGUUGGGGGCACUGGCAGUGAACGUUUUGAACUUUCACAACAGUUCUUGCAGAGCGUUUUGAAGUCACCAUUUCCAUUUAAUACUGGAAAGCAGGCUGUUAAAUUUUCUGCAUGGCUGGAGGAAAGAGGCAAAGACCUCACAGAAGUGGGUGCCAAUAUUUCUGGAGAUUUACAAUGUGGAGACAUUUUUCAUUUGUUUGCUUUAGUUUCAUCAGGUGACAUUUCAAUUUUGCCAUGCCUACCAGACAACGGUAUUGGAGAGGCUGAAGAUUUGAGAAAUGCAAAGCGUAAAUAUGAUGUUACUGAAUCUUCAUAUGGUGAUAAAGUUAAGAAACCAAAAUCCUUUUUCGGAGUAGAAGGUGAAAUUAUUUCUCGUCGGGAAAAGGGUUUUCCUGGUAUUGCCGUUUCUGCAUACCGAACAACAAUAUCAAAAGUUGAUAUUUUAAAUUUGUUCAAGGAUAAUGAUAACAAUGGCCAACCUUUUGGGGGUGAUUUACAAUUAAGCAUUAGCCAAACUGGUGACUAUUCUGUUUCUGACCAUAUAUUUGAAAUCGGUAAAUCUUGUGAACCUAUGCCACUAAAAGAAAAUCAUACUGAAUCACCCUGGGAAGCUAUGGCUGGUUAUGCGCGACUAUUGUUGUCAGAGUAUUCCAAUCCAGAACAUGCAUAUGGCAUUUGUGCUGAGGUCUUUAGGGUUGUUUAUGCUGCCAUCCAAAAGGCUGGUGACCAAGGAUUAAGCAUGGGAGAAAUUUCCAAGGUUAUAAACCUUCCAGGAGCUGAGGUACAUGGCUCGAUUGUUGAUGCUCUUCAAGCUUUUGGGCUAACAUUAAAGGUCAAUGCUUAUGAUACUAUCCGUGUCGUUGAUGUCGUGUACCGUCACAAGUACUUUUUGAUAUCUGGGUCUGCUUUUCAUCAUCUUGUACAACCUUCCUCAACAAAAGCUAUUGAGGAAAGUGAUCAUACAUCUGAGAUUUACAAAUCAGAUAAAAGGGAUACUUCAUCUAUUCAUACUCCAAGCGAAAGGACUACUAUUGAUAAUGCGCAUAGAGUGACAAUACUCAAUCUUCCACGUGAGGAUGUGGAUCCUGAAAAUCAAGCCAGUGACAGGAAUGAAAGCUGCAAGCAAGACAGACUAGGCUUAUCCAGAGUCGAUCACGAGAAAGAAACUCUCAAAUUUUCUUCGUGUGAGUCAUGUGUGCCAAUAUUGCCAUGGAUCAAUGGAGAUGGAACCAUCAACAACGUUGUUUAUAGAGGACUUCGACGUCGUGUUCUUGGGAUAGUGAUGCAAAACCCAGGGAUGUUGGAGGAUGAUAUUCUACGUCACAUGCACGUGUUGAAUCCACAGAACUGUAGAACUCUCUUGGAAAUGAUGGUUCUAGAUAAACAUCUAAUUGUGAGGAAGAUGCUUCAAAAUGUAUUUGAUGGGGGACCCACUUUACUUCAAGGUCUUAUUGGAAGCACAUCCAGCCAACCAAAGUUAAUUUGCCGAGAGCAUUUCUUUGCCAAUCCCAUGAGUACAGCCUUGUUGUAGGAAAUCUGUGGAGUUGACAUGGGUACUUUGUUAUAUAGAUACAGAGAGAUGGGGUAGGUUGUGUCUGUUAAGAACAAACUUAUACGAAAUUUUGGAUACCAGCCCUUAAAUUUGUAUUGGUAAGAAUUAAGACUUAUGCCAUCCUAGUAAAUAUGUUUCAGGCUAGUUCCUUAUAAAAUUUUUAUAUUGAGUUUGUUGUUAUGUCGACGUAUGUCAAGUAACUAAAUCUGCAACUCAGUG